AUGACUCCAUUAUUCAUACUCGAUGAUAGUAUAUAUAUAAAGACUUUAUAAAUAAAUUGAACGAUGUGAUAGUGGUUUUGAUUUAUCAUAAAAUAUAUGUAUUGCCUUUGAUACAGUAUUAUUUUAUUUCCAGAAAAAAACAAUAAGUAAGAAUGGCUGGAAUAAAAAUGGAUCCAACAGAAAAAAUUUUGCUGGAUCCAUACAUUUAUAUAUGUCAGAUUCCUGGAAAGAAGGUUCGAUCCCAACUAGCUUUGGCUUUUAACCACUGGCUACAAAUUCCAACAGACAAGCUGCACAUUAUUGGAGAGGCAACACAGAUGCUUCACAAUGCAAGCUUGCUAAUAGAUGAUAUUGAAGACAGCUCUACUUUACGUCGCGGCAUACCAGUUGCCCACAACAUCUAUGGAGUGCCUCAUACAAUUAACUCUGCCAACUAUGUGUACUUUCUUGGACUGCAGAAAGUCCUGGACUUGCAACAUAAAGAUGCCACUAGAGUGUUCACAGAGCAGAUUCUGGAGCUGCAUCGUGGUCAAGGAAUGGACAUCUACUGGAGGGACACGGUCAGCUGUCCCUCGGAGGAGGAGUACAAGACAAUGGUCAUACGAAAAACUGGUGGUUUAUUCGGACUUGCAGUAAGAUUAAUGCAGCUCUUCACAGAGAAUACAAGUGAUUUUAAACCAUUACUGGACAACUUGGGGCUGUACUUCCAGAUACGAGAUGAUUAUGCCAACUUAAAUUCGAAGGAGUAUGCACAGAACAAGAGUUACUGCGAGGAUCUGACGGAGGGCAAGUUCUCGUUCCCACUCAUCCAUGCAAUACAAAGUGACAGGGGAGACCACCAGAUCCUGAGCAUACUUCGUCAGAGGACGCAGGACAACGAUGUGAAGAAGUACUGUGUGGAUCUGCUGGAGAAACGGGGGUCCUUCGAGUACACAAAGGCUACUCUAAUGCAGCUGGAAAAAGAAAUCUACCGUCAGAUCGAAGAGUUUGGAGGCAAUGCACAUUUGACAGGAUUAAUAGAUGAGCUGCGAAAAAUAUACACAUCUUGAUGUUCGCUCCAAUUUUUAGACAACCUUUCUAUUCAUUGGCUCAUGUUUUACGAAUAACAUUGCAUUGUUAAAUUUACAUAAAUGCUGCCAUUCAUUUGUUUACAUUUACUUAAUAUAUUGAAUUUACUUCAUUUUUGCUUGUGCGUGCAUUUAAGCGAUUUGUUCACAGUGUGGAAAAGGACAAUUUAUUUUUGUCAUUGAUUCAUGAAAGAAUGUAUGAAUUACAUUCAAACAAGCAAAAAAACAAACACUCCUUACUAAAAAAAACAACAACAUUGUUUAUUGAUUAUCAUCAUUCAAAGUAGGAAAAGUAAUAAACUGUAUGUAACACUUUUCAUCGAUUAAAUGUUAUAUUACCAACAUAAUGUUUCAACUUCCUUGCUUGUCAAAAGCUUGUGUGGUCUAGUGGAAGUACAUUAGUUUUUGAUUCUAGAAGUUAAAUGUAUAAACCCUGUGGCAGACCCUUUAAUGAAAAUAUUUUCCCUUGUUGUCACAAUUAUUCAAAACUAUACCAAAUACUUAAAGUUUUUGGAGUGAUUCAUUUACCGGUAAUGACAUCUUUCAAAAGUUGUAUGCAAUUCUGUGAACAAUUCCCUUUAAAUGUUAAUCUUCCUAUUUUAGUGUUUGGUUCUCUCAUAUUAAUUUAUUAAGAACUGACAUUGCUAAAACUGUAAGUACAAGCUGUGAAAUGUAUAGUUGAUACAUGCUUUUCAUGUAUGGGUCCAAAACCAAUAAUGUCUGUCUGAUAUUCUGAGAUAUAUUUGUAAUUGUGCAAUAUUUCCAAUAUUAAGAUUUUAUGACCACACCGUACUAUACAAAUACUAUAAAAUCAUCAUUAUUCAAGUGCAAUUGUUUUCUUGAUUUCAUUGAAUGACCAAUCCACGAAUUUAACACAAACACAUCCGAGUUUGAAAGACGCAAAUUCCUCUUUUUUUUCAAAAUCCGAAAUCUGAAUGUAUGUGUCUACGAACAGUCAUUUUUUAACAAUCACGAAAUUUCAUACUAACAAAUAUUAACGAUUUUACAGCAAUCUGUUCUUGCCUCAAAAUGGCAUAUACAUGUACAUGCAUCCUUUUUCAAAAUAUGUCUUUGUAGAGCUUUGAUCUUUGAUGAGAUCCAUAUGAUUGACAACACAUUUGUUUUACUUAAAUUAUUUUCUGCAAUUGGUAAGGUUAGUUUUUUUGUAAAAAAAAUUAAAUAUCAAACAUUUAUAAAAACAGCAUUCAUUUUUACACAACUAUAUGUAAAAUGUCUGGAAUUUAACUAUGCUCACUUUGAAGUACAGAAAUACUCACUUAGAUAGAAUCUGAUGAAAAAGCAAUCCGAAAAAAAUCACACUAUCUUAUAUAUGCAAGUAUUCCUUGCGUAGCCAUGGAAACAAUAUUCUUUUUGAAUCAAGAUUCUAUGGUCUUGUUCAAUGCCAUAUAUAUUCGUGGUCAUGUCAUGAAUAAAAUAUGUCUUUGCGGCUUUGUUAGGGUUGCAUCCAUGUAAUUGUCAUUACUUUUUGCUUGCAAUUAGUACUGCAUGUACUGAUUUUGAAAUACAUAUCUUUUUUUCAAAAAGAUAGUAAAUAUAUGAUACAAGCAUUUCACCAUUA